AGCCAUUUGAGCCCGGUCUACCUGCAGAAAGGAAGAACCAAUUCCGACACUUAUAACCUGCUGUUGUGACUCUUGGUACGGUCCAUCCACCAGGAAGCAAUGGGCUGCAAUACUUCAUCUCCCGUUGCCCAAGAGUACGAGAAGAGUGAGGCCACUGAUUCCGCCACUUUUGUCCAACCGCCACGCGUUCCACCACCCGAUCUGACCACAGUCCAAAGUAAAGCAAUCUGCGAUUGGCUCGACAAACUCCCACAGACCGAUCCCACAAGUGAUCAGUGGGAAGUUACUGUGGGGACUGUGAGCACAGAUUCUGAAACUGGUAAUUUUCAGACUACGAUCAAGGUCUCGACGAAAUUUGGGACCGUAUAUCCUCUGCUCGAUUCUGGCUGUCAAACCAUGACUUUACCAGGCGCCUCUUUGGUGGGAGCUUCUUGGAAAGCGGACGGAAGUUGGGACGUGAAGGAGCCUUACAGAGUGUGCCACAAUCACUUGGUCUACGGCCCAUGGAACACGAUCGCUCUUCUGGUAGAAGGUCCGAUCACAAUUGGCAAUGGAGAGAUUUGGAUGCAAUUCUUCGUGGACGUGUUCCCCGGAAGUGGUGGUGCCUUGCCAUUGGGCGGCAAUUUCGGUAUAAGCAAUAGUCCUGUGAUCGCCACAGUUCCUUUGGUUCAGUUUGUGGGCCCUUUCGAAGACCAGGUGCACAAUCCAACUGGAUUUGAGGCCAUCUCUGUGCAUGAGGCGUUGAGGAAUACUACAUACAAUCCAACGUGGCCGCCACCGUGGCCACUACCUACUGGUAUCUCUUGGCAGGGAAGUGUGAACAAAACAGAUCGUGAAGAUUCACAGAAAUUCAGCUAUUCAGAACAAGAGCCUCCUCAAGUAUUGCAUUCGCCCGCAGAUCGCGCGUUGGAACCAAAAGAAGGCUUCACGACGUUCCAAGUUGUAAAACUGGAUUCCACCGUAAACGACAUGUUGGUUCGACCAUUAAAGUGCUUCUCAAACGCAGGCUGGAAGUAUGUGGAGAUCUCGCUUGCUGCGGAUGACGAAACUGUUGACAAUUAUGACCAGGCUGCACAUAUGCGGUUGCACCAGGCGCGGUCGAAAAUAGUCUUCCGCAAAGCAGGCGCCAUAAUGAACGAGUACGACGCAGUUCUGCGUCUACAGAAGAAGUGGAUCAUGUCGACAGCUUUGAAGAGUCUAGCGUUUCACGACGCUCAGUACAACAACCAGCAAUCGUUUGUUGUGACUUGGCCCGAUAAUAAUGAGGACACCACGGCCAUGCUUGACACAGGAGGUGGGCCUCUCAUCUACGGAGCCCAGAAAGACAUCGAUAAGUGGGAUGGGUUGAGCAGCAAUUGCCCACCAAUAUAUUGGUGGAGGAAUACCGAGGACAAGCACACGCUAAGCACUUCCCCCGAGACGGUGCGCUUUCUGUUUGGGGAUUUCGAAGUGACUCUCGCAGAUGCGCAAGAUCGUUCCAAGGAGUUCACAUAUACAAUCAAGGGACGGAAACCUCAAUUUUCUGGGUGUCUUGGCAUCGGUGGGAAACAAAUGAGUUACGUGAACGGUGACGACUCAGGCAUAGACGGAAUCAAUAUUGGAGGCAUAUCUUUUCUUUUCAUUGACAUGGUGAUCGACAUCGAUAAUAAUUGCGCGGGCUUCCGGAAGAAGAGCUAGGAUCUCGUUUUCAGCAGCGUGCUGGGAAACCUAUUCCCGUCUUACUGCUCGGCUGCAGGACGGUCAAUUAGCUAGGGAGUGCGUAUCGCAGCUUCUGAGCGAGAUCAGACGCCUCUCCAGAGCGCUUCAAGAGGCCGAAAUCGUCAAUGUUACGAAGGUUUUCAAGGCUUGCAAGGCGCUGCCGCCUGCGCGGCGCUUCAUCGCACGAAGUGCAGGGUCUCCCGUGCGCCGUUGCCACGGGCAUGCGGCGGGGAUUCAGCCUACACGGAACGCUGUUUAAGAUUUCGUGCGUCUCCAUAGGAGCAGGCGGGAGAUAGCGCCACUGGCCGCAUUGCCUCCCCGCCACCACUUGGUCACCGAGGGCCCGUAUGUUUUUUUCUUUGCGAUGUGGUGGAUCAGCAUCUACUCGCCAGUCGCCCACGCUGCUGAGCGACUGCCUGGGUCAAGUGACCUGGGCCUCUAGCCGUACCCGAAUGACGGCUCUAGCUAAUUUCCAGGGCUCCCGCCAUCCCCGUACGGGGGUCCCUAUCGGCGGGCACGGACCGCGAGGGCCCUGAUAUCCAUAUAGCGGCUGGUUUGUUGUGUGUUUGGGAUUCGGGGUCGUCAACGAAGCGGCUUGGUGUCGGGUGGCUCACACCCUACGGCCGCGCACUGGCCUCCUCCGCCUCCCAGUUCUCUCCUGCUCCCUCCUCUUCCUCCCCCUCUUCCUCCGCGGUCGUGCGAUCAAUUGAGCUCUAUGUGAAGCCCCGGGCACACAUGUUGCCGCUGACGGGCGCCCGGUACCUCCUUCUCCUCCUCCUCCUCCUUCUCCUCCUCUUCCUCCUCCCCUCUGCACUGCAGCGUCGUCGCCUUGCGCGCGCCCGCCCGCGAAGGCGGUCUGGCGCGGCCACCAGGCCUGUUUUACCUUCGGCCUGGGCCAGGGGCUGCUGCAAUGAAUAGAGGCAGAUUUGCACUUCCAGUGGCAUGGUUGAUUCGGCCUCUUUGCAACCUGACGCUUGGCUUUACUCCUGACGGAUUUUUUGGCUUCCGUGGCCCCCCUCAUCAAACAUUGAGAUGCGCG